AUGAAUGACGGUACCUUCUUCGUGGGAGAGGUUCCGUCGCGAAAUGUAGGCGGUGUUGGUUUGUUGUGCACCCAUCUGUCGUCCAUCUCGUCGAUUUCCGAGAUCCUGUACCUCGUUGGCCAUUCUUCGCCUCCGCCCUCUGCGCCAAAAAUCCAUAAGUAUCAUCAACUGCUAUUACCAACAUCGCAGCUGAUCAUUCCGAUUGGACGCGUUUUACGAGGAGCUGGAGGAGUAGUCCACAACGAGAAGUCCUUUUACAAAUUCGUUGUCGGAGACUUCAACGCAAAACUAGGAAAGGCCACAGAAGAGGAAUACAGGAUUGGAAGAUUUGGACUAGGGGACCGGAAUGAAAAUGGCAAUCGUCUCGCCGCGCUGUUGUCCGCCGCUCGCCUCUUUCAUGGGAACUCUCUUUCUGAAAAAGAUCAUCGUCGGUGGACAUGGGAAUCGCCCAAUGGCGCGACUCGUGCGGAGAUCGACCACAUACUCACCAACCGGAGGUGGUGUCUACUUGACGUUCAGUAG